GUUUAUUUUUCUGCGCACCAGCUUGAAUUUCAGUUGGUUCUGAGAUGGAUUAUGCAGAGACUGAGAGUAUCGCUCUGAAGCGUUUAGCAGAAGAACGGAAGGCUUGGAGAAAAGACCACCCAUUCGGAUUCGUGGCUAAACCAAAUAAAAAUCCCGAUGGCUCGUUUGAUUUAAUGAAUUGGAGUUGUAGUAUUCCCGGGAAAAAGGGAACACUCUGGGAAGGAGGAUUGUACAAUCUGAAGAUGUUCUUCAAGCCAGACUAUCCAACAACACCUCCCAAGUGCAGGUUCGAGCCGCCUAUAUUCCACCCUAAUAUUUUCCCAUCUGGCACAGUGUGCCUAUCCCUGUUGGACGAGGAGAAACACUGGAGACCAGCCGUUACAAUAAAACAGAUCCUCAUAGGAAUCCAGGACUUGCUAGACCAUCCAAAUCCAAAAGAUCCUGCCCAAGCUGAUGCAUACACUUUGUUCAUACAGAACAGGAAGGAAUAUGAUGCUCGAAUAAGGAAGCAGGCUGAGGCUUGUCGCAAUCCAAAUUUAUGAUUGUCAAAGAGACAGCUUCUUUUCUAUCUCAAUUUUGAAGUGUAUAUACAAUUUUAAUCCUUAUCCAUGGACGUACAUAAUAUCUCAUAUAAGAGUACAUCAUCUAGAUUUUUUCCCAUAUAUGCUAAGAGUCAAGAUACAGCUGAAGCAAUCGGAAUCCACCAGAAGAAACCAAGCCUAUGUGUACAGAAGAAAUUUGUAUAGCCACUUUCCUUACCGUGGCCAUCGUUACAAAACAGGACUAUGUCGCCCCCCUCCCCCUAAACCUAUUAAAUUAUAAUUGCCCAAAUUAUUUUUAUUUUGACCACUUCAUCUUUAAUUAUGUGUUAUUCUUGUAAAAUUAAUUUAUUCUAUCCAUUUCUACCUUUUAAAUUUGUAUUGAUUUUCUUCGUUAAUUAUCAACCCAUUGACAUUUUGACACUGACUAAUUAUUGUUAACAAACAUAUCACCACUUGUUUGGUAAAUUGUUGUGUAUUGUAAAAAAUGCUAUAUAUAUUAGAGUAGAGCCAGAGAUGAGGAUCUAAUUGAAAAGUAAAUAUUUCUUCGCUCAAUCUUUC